CACAUCAACAUCGUCUGAAAGAGAAGAUAUGACGCAGUUUGCCAUUUUACGCAGAUGGCGAAAAGAGGACUUCGGGUGUCGGGUGUUUUGUAUCGUCGCCCUCAUAGGAACGGUUCCAGUUUUCUUCUACGCCCACGCUUCUCUUCGCGAAUAUGCGGCCGGAAAACGAAUUUCGCUGCCGUCGAUAGCCGUCAGGGGAAGUGCCCGUCGCAUCACUUGCAACGCUUCGGGAGUAAUGCCGCGGAUACUGUUUUGGACGGACUUUCCUCAAAGGGCGAUGUUGAAUCCUGCAGGUGUGGAUGAGUUGCAAGUUCCUCAUUGUAAGCACAGGUGCCGCGUCACCUACAACCGAAAUUACUUGAACUGCAGCGACGCCCUCGUCUUCCACUCGCAAGACUUGAACAUAAAUGACUUGCCCAUAGUACGCCAUAUCUUUCAGAAGUGGGUGUUCUACGCAAACGAGGCUCCAGAAUAUUCUUACACGGGCGAUUUUUACCGAUUGAAUUCGCUGUUCAACUGGACUAUGACGUACAGGUCUGAUUCUGACGUACCUCUUCGAUGUGGUGCCUUCAGAAGAAGCUCGGCUAACAGAAACCGGACAAAUUUCAAGGACCUCUGGAUGAGGAAGAAAAAAACGGCCGUCUGGCUUCCGAGUGCCUGCAAAACUAAGAGCAAGAGGGAAGACUUCGUCAGUGAACUGCAGAAGUAUACCGAUGUGGAUGUCUACGGCGACUGUGGAUUGUGGAAAGCGGUGAGCAGCACGAAGGGUGCCAGCUUCCGCUACUUCUCGAAAGACUACUACUUCUGGCUGGCCCUGGAGAACUCGCUGUGCCAAGACUACGUUACAUCCGAGCUUUUCACUGCGCUUAAACAUUAUAUAGUUCCUGUAGCGCUGGGAACCGUAAACUACAGUGCCAUUACACCGCCGCAUUCGGUCAUCGAUGUGUUCUCCUUCGCGAGCCCCAAAUUGUUAGCGGACUAUCUUCAAAAGGUGAAAAUGGAUCUCAACCUGUACGGUGCCUAUUUCCGAUGGAAGAAAACGUACGAUGUUGUAGUGGAGGACGAGCCGUUUUGUAGCUUAUGCGGCAAAUUGCACAGUGCAAAGUUUAAAACAUUUUCCUUGUACGAGGACCUACGUACGUGGUGGGUUAACAGGUCAGAAUGCGUCGACUGGAAUGGUAGUGCCGAUUUCUCGCCGUGAAAUGGUCACGGCCGUCGCGUGACAGAUAUAAUUUUGCUUGACGUACGUAAUGUUCUCAGCGGUGCUUUGAAUGUUCUCGCAAUGUAAUAACUUGAGAAGAACAUCGAAUGCACCGCUUGGACUUGGACUGCUCGGAGAUGGGUGUGACGUCCGUCUCUCGUUAGUACGUUGCAGUAAAGUUACGCUAUUAUGAAUAAAGUACCCGAAACAUA